AUGGAUCUGUUCUUUGUGCUUUGGGUGCUUUCUACAAUUGUAGGUGAUUGCAAUGGACUGGGUAUACAGCCAAGCAAGACUGAGAGUGUACUCUCUGAGGGCAGCCGUGUGUCUCUGUCAUGUAACUACACUGGGACUGUGAACAAGGACUCCUUGCUGUGGUAUCGACAGUACCCAUACUCAGCACCAGAAUUUCUCUACCUCUUCAGUGAGAGCAGUUUCAAGCAGGAGGCUGAGCCUCCAGUCCCCGGGUUGUCUGUUGAACUGGACAGUGAUCAGAGCCGUGUGUCUCUGCACCUCUCCUCUGCUCAGCCCUCUGACGCAGCACUCUACUACUGCGCGCUGCAGCCCACAGUGCUGGGGAAACCUGACACCCUGUACAAAAAGCUCAGCGUGGCCAGGCCUAUGCCAAGCAUGACUGAGAGUGUACUCUCUGAGGGCAGCCUUGUGUCUCUGUCAUGUACUGUGACAGCAGACACAGAGUCCUUGCUGUGGUAUCGACAGUACCCAUACUCAGGACCAGAAUUUCUCUACAUCUUCAAUGAGGCCAAUUUCAAGCAGGAGGCUGACCCUCUAGUCCACGGGUUGUCUGUUGAACUGGACAGUGGCAGUCUGGCAGAUAAAAUCACACCAUUUGAAAAUGUACUGUAUGUGUCAGAAGAAACUAAAGUUACCCUUUCUUGUAACUACACCGGAGGAGCAUCGAGUGAAUUAUUCUGGUAUCGACAAUAUCCUGGAUCAAAGCCAGAAUUUAUCAUGUACAUCAUUGAGUCUGGACACAACAGGUCAACUGUGAGUGCUCGCCUGAGUGUCCAUAUCAGUAAGGACGUCAAAAGGAUGGACAUGAAAAUCUCCUCUGCAGAGGUGUCUGACUCUGCAGUGUACUACUGUGCCCUGAAGCCCACAGUGACAGGAAAUACUACAAUCAUGUACAAAAAGCAUCUGAACUUUUAA